UUGAUUUAUGGAACUAUUACCGUGGUUUAUUUUAAAUGCUGAAUUGCGUACAGAGUCAUUCAUCAACAAACUGUAAAACACUGGGGGGGCACAUGCAGUCAACUUUGACGAGCCAGAGACCAUAGAUAGAUAAAUCGAUAGAUAGAUAGAUAGAUAGAUCUAUACAUAUAUUCAAACAAACAGACAGACAGACAGAGAUAGUCUUAAAAUAGUUAAUAUUGGACAGUUUCACACAUUUUGUGUACUGAACGUUUGCAUUGAUUAAUAAUUGUUAUAUUUCCAAUAUUCUUUUAGAAUCACUAAUCAUUUGUACAUGCCCUUUGUAGCUUGUUUCAUUGUGUCGUAUGGACAGUUUAGGGAUCCAAAAUGUAUAACUUGGUAUUAAUACAUCAAACAUGGGCAACCUUAUAGUCACUAAGAUAUCUUGUAAAAAAAAUAUACAAAAAUUCAAAAACGAAUUACGGCUUGAAUAUUUUCAAUAACAUUCACAAAAGCAACUGUACACUGCUUGCGUACAAGCUUCCUCCCUGCACCCUCACACACGGUGACGCACUGGUAUAAGUAGGCACCAUCUCUCUAAACCGUGAGCCUCAAACAGUGGAGUAGUGCGCUAUGUUCUCUCCAAGGUGGGACAGUGCGCUCUCUGUCAACUAGAAGCAUCCACCCCCCCUCCGCCCCCUGCCAAAAAAAGAAAAGAAAAGAAAGGAAAACGGCAUGGAGGACACAAACAACACGACAGUCUUGUCUCAAUUUGAGCUCCCCUUAAACAAAAGCACUAAAGCAGCCGAAGACGAGGAGGUGAGGCUGAGUUCCCAAGUGGUGACUUCCUUCCUCCUCGGUGCGCUCAUCCUGUGCGCAAUUUUCGGGAACGCGUGUGUGGUGGCGGCCAUCGCCCUGGAGCGCUCACUGCAGAACGUGGCCAACUAUUUGAUCGGUUCUCUCGCUGUCACCGACUUGAUGGUGUCGGUGCUGGUUCUGCCCAUGGCGGCGCUGUACCAAGUCUUAAAUCGGUGGACUCUGGGACAGAUUCCGUGCGAUAUCUUCAUCUCUUUGGACGUCUUAUGCUGCACCUCGUCCAUCCUGCACCUUUGCGCCAUCGCCCUGGACCGACACUGGGCCAUCACCGAGCCCAUAGACUACAUGAAUAAGAGGACACCUCGGAGAGCAGCGAUUCUGAUCGGCGUCACUUGGCUGGUCGGCUUUUCCAUCUCCGUGCCCCCUAUGUUGAUUAUGCGCUCCCAGCCGAACAGCGUGGAAGAAGACAGGAAGAACCCAAAGCAGUGUAAAAUCCGGCAAGACCUCUGGUACACCAUUUACUCCACCUUUGGUGCUUUCUACAUCCCGCUCACGCUCAUGCUGGUUCUCUACGGGAGGAUCUUUAAAGCCGCCAGGUUCCGCAUCAGGAGGACUGUGCGUAAAAGUGAAAAGAAGAAAGUGGCCCACUCCUGCUCGGCUGUAUCCCCCGCGCUCUUCCGCAAAAAGACGCCCAGAGAGGCGCAGACUAAAAGCUGGAGAAGGAGCGUGGAGCCGCGCCCGGUGCCGGUGCCGGUGCCGGUGCCGUGCGUCAACGGCGCGGUGAAACACGCCGAGGAUGGAGAAUCGCUGGAGAUCAUCGAAGUGCACAGCGGCCUCAAAGGCAACCUCCCGCUCCCCAACACUCCCGGCGGCGUGCCGUUGUUCGAGAGCAGGCGCGAGAAGGCCACCGAGGCCAAGCGGAAGAUCGCCCUGGCCCGGGAGCGCAAAACGGUGAAGACGCUCGGCAUCAUCAUGGGCACCUUCAUCCUCUGCUGGCUGCCCUUCUUUAUCGUCGCCCUGGUCAUGCCCUUCUGCAAGGAGUCGUGCUACAUGCCCCGCUGGCUGGAGGACGUGAUCAACUGGCUGGGCUACUCCAACUCGCUGCUUAAUCCCAUCAUUUACGCCUACUUCAACAAAGACUUUCAGGGGGCUUUUAAGAAAAUCGUCAAGUGUCAUUUCUGCAGAUCCUAAGUCCCCCUAGAAAUGAGCAGACUCUUACUUGCCCAGCCAUUGGUCCGAAAAGAAAAUAUAUUGACGAGGACUCCACCAUCACCAUGCAAACCAGUAUUAAUGAUUACCCGAGGUAUGUCCAUAUAAAUAAAGCUCCGCGCUCCUCAUCUUGUUCUGUAAUGUUCAAUAAAGAUUUGCUUUAUAAUAAUCA